UCAUCCUUCCACAACCCUAUCUCUUGUUCUAUUUUUCUCUUCGAACCCAAACCCCGGCCGGUCUGUUCUUUGCUUUCUUCGUACUACCGUAUUUUAGGGCAAAGUUUCCGAUUUUUUUCUCCUUAGUAAUUCCAUGAUUUAUUCCUCGAUUGCAAUCUUAAACACAGAACUUUUCCUCGAAAUCUCGAGAUAAACAAAGAUUUUUUUUCUUUUUUCUAUUUCUUUGAGUUCUCCGGAGUUCUAGAUCUACUGGGAAACGAUAAAAAAUAGUUUUCCCCCUCUUCUGCGUCUAUUUCGGGCUUCAUCUCUCUGCAGAUCUUGGGAUAGUUUUUCUAGUUGGCCGGGGUUUUAAGGACUGGAAGGGAGAUUAGGAUUCGGAGAAGGGAGAGCGCUAGGGUUUCUUACAAAUGAGCGAGGCAGAGAGAUCGCCAGAUCCGUCGGAAGAUGCCAUGGCUCCGAAGAACCCCGCACCUCUGCUGCCGUCUUUGAACGACAGUGGUGAGAGCUUGGAUGCCACCACCGCCAGCGAAAAGACUGUUGCCGAACCCCCGGAGACUGCGGGACCUCAAGAAGACGCCGCCCCUAAAGUGGAUUCCGUGGCUGUUAGUGCUGCUGAAGAGAAAUCUGAUCCAUUAGAAGUCACAUCUGAAGAAAAGGCUGGAUCUUUGGAAGAUGCUGCAGUCGGAAACGAACCAGUUAGGUCGGAAGUGCUGUUGAUAAAUGGUGAAGAUCAUAAUGAGAAGAAGGCUGGUUCCUCCGAGGCAACCGAUGGCAGUGGUCUGGUUGUUUCCAUGGAUGCGCCCGAGAAAAGUGCGGGAAGCGGUGAAGUGCUUAAUGCGACCAGCCCUGCUGCCGAGAAGAAGACCGAGUACAUUGAGGUCGCCAAUGGCAGUCGAUCAGUUGCUGACAUGGCUGCACCUGGGAAGAGUCCGGAGAAGAAGGUGGGUACUCUUCUUGCUGCGGCAAUGAAGAAGUAUGCUGCCCCGCGGUCGUCGAGCUAUCAUGGAGUUACUAAGCUGAAAUGGAGCGGGAAAUUUGAGGCUCAUCUGUGGGACAACGCAAGCCAAGUGGAAGGCCGGAAACGGAAAGGCAAACAUGUGUAUCUAGGCAGCUAUGAUUCUGAGGAGAAAGCAGCAAGAGCACAUGAUCUCGCAGCUCUUAAAUACUGGGGUCCAAGCACAAAUGCCAAACUAAAUUUCCCUGUUUCUGAUUAUGAGAAAGAGCUUGAGACAAUGAAGACCAUGUCCCAGGAAGAGUAUGUUGCCUACGUACGGAGAAAAAGCAGUUGUUUCUCAAGGGGAGCAUCGAUUUACAGAGGAGUGACGAGACGGAAAGAUGGUAAAUGGCAAGCUCGAAUUGGUCGCGUUGGUGAAAGCAGGGAUGCCAAAGAUAUCUACCUUGGAACCUUUGAUACCGAGGAAGAAGCUGCAGAAGCCUAUGACAUUGCAGCUAUUGAACUGCGAGGUGUGCAUGCUGUGACAAAUUUUGAUAUCAGCAACUACUGUGAGGGAGGUCUUAGGCGGUUAGAAGGCCCCUGCAAACUUGAGAUGUGAAGGCCAACAGAUGCUUUAUUGGAAGAUAAAUGUAAAUUUUUUUUAAUUUCAGGCUGCUGACUGUCUGUCGCCGCCAGGAUAUUUUUCAUAAUCUGCAUUGCUGUAAUCCGGAUCGGUGUUAAAGGUUCAAAGUCAAUGAAUGAAAAAAACUCUUGUUGACUUUGCUUUCUAGAAGAAGUUAUUGUUUUGCAA